AUGGCUAGAGAUAACUUGACUCAACUUUUGGGCCAAUUGAAUGUGCAAUCAUCGAAAGAUGAACAUUCAAAGGUUCAAGAAACUUGUUUAAACUUAUUGGAAAAUCAAUGUGCUAACGCUGCUGACGUAUUAAGACAUUAUCUAGUGGCAUGCAUCAAGCAAGACAAUUAUCAAAAAGCAUUGGAUGUGUUAAAGAAAUUUAAGAAAGUUGAUGAAUCAGCUGGCGAUUCUUUGAUUUUAGAAAAACUAUACAUUUACUAUAAAUUGAAUUUAAAAAACCAAUUUGAGAGAUUGUUUGAAGGUAGUGUAUUGAACAAAUUGGGCUCAUUAGAAACUGUUGAUGUCAAUUCUGAACGCUUAAGAGGUAUUUUACAUGUUAGAGCACAAUUUUGUUAUAAAAAUGGCAAGUAUGAUGAAUCAUUUAAAAUCUAUCAAUUAUUGGCUACCAAAAAUAACUCAGGCUUAGAUAAUGUAACUGAAUUAGCUUGUAAUGAAAGAGUUCCAUUGACUGCGUAUCCAGAUCUUAUUAAGUACAGUCAAUUGAUAACUAAGGUAAAUGACAAUUCUUAUGAUUUAUUGUUCAAUGAAUCUAUCAUUUUAUCUUCUAAUGGUGAUUAUACCUCAUCAAUUUCCUUGCUAAAGAAAGCUUUGGAUAUGGCUAAAAAGGAGGACUACCAACUUGAUAUUGAUACUAUCGAAUUGCAGUUGGCUUAUGUUCAUCAAUUAAACUAUAAUAAGUCAGAGGCUAAAAGUAUCUUAAAAUCCCUACUAGAAAGAUUAGAUAAAAAAUCUCCAUUAUCUUUGAUUGCAAAGAUGAACUUACUGUCAUUCAAUGAUUUUUCAAAAUACUCUGAUAAUUUGAACUUACUACUGAGGGAACUGAACUAUGAUAGAUUGGUAUCCUUAGAUUUACAAAAUUUGACAAAUAAACAGUGGAAGUCUAUUCAAAAUAAUUUAUUGUUUUUAAGGUUAUACAAUAAUAGUAGCAUACAAAGUAAGGAUUCUGUUUUGUCUCGUACUUUACAUAAUUAUCAAAAAGUUGUUAAUGACUCUGUAAAUGAAACAUACGAAUCACAAGCUAAAAAAUUAUACCAUAAUGUCAUCACUUCAAUGCAAAGUGGCAUUGAAGGAAACUUAAUUGGUCAAUUAUUAUUAAGUCUUCAAUUACAAAUUGUGGUUAAAAAUUGGGAUAAUGCUAUUAGAUUAUGUGAAUUAUUUUUGAAAAAAUCAUGGAAUACUGUAGUAAAGAUCAGUGAGAAUGAUGCCACUGUCUGUUACGCACUUUUCGAAUUAUACAACUUAGUUAAUAGAUCGUCAUCAAAGGCUGGGCUACUUCAAAGGAUUUUAUCAAGUAAAUCUGAAUCAUCAAUUGCAGAAAAUGUAGCAUUUUGGAAGCAUGUAGGUUUCCAAUUAUUAUCGAUUGGUCAAGUCAAUGAAGGUACUGAAUUAUUACAAGAAAUUUUGAAUGAUCCAUCAUCAGUUCAAAACAUCGAAUUUAAUGAAUUGAUUGAAUCGAUUCUAUCAAAGGAAGAAUUUUCUAAGGAUAAAGGUAUAUCGUUAGUAGAAGAUAUCGACACUGAGAAAUUGAUCAUUGAUGGUGUCUCACCAUUGGAAUCUAGUUCGUAUGCUACUAAAGUUUCAAAAUCCAGUAAAAUCCAAAAGAAAAAGCUAGCACAUAAAGAAAAGAAGAAAGCCAAAAAAUUGGCUAAAUUCAUGACAAACCGUGAUGCCUCAAAAACACCAGAUCCAGAAAGAUGGCUAGCAUUGAUUGAUAGAUCAACAUAUAGACCAAAAAAUAAAAAGCAAUUGGCUAAACAAACCCAAGGUGGUGCCAUGAACAAGAAAGCAGAACAGUCUCUUGAUAUAACGAAAUCUAAUGUUCCUAAGAAAUCCUCAGGUCCUAAUAAGAACAAAAAGAAGAAAGGCCGUAAAUAG